UGUCAGCUUUUCUCCCGCACGCGCUGGCAGGUCGGAAUCAGACCGUUGGAGACUUAGGCAGCAAAACACAAACCGUGGAUCUGGGAGUCGGUAUUUUUUCCCUGUUUCUGGCUCGUUUUAAGGAUUAAAACCAGGAGGAAAAGCGACACAUUCAUUCCGACUGUUGAUCUUCACCCGCUGAUGUUUCGAAUGACUCUUCUCCACUGUUACCAUGGUUACCCGUGAUCCUGGUGACCCUUCAAGCCUGCUCCCGUCCAAUCAGACGUGGCGAUGCACGUCAUGGGCAGCGUCUCCCCGGCCAACGACAUCCAGGGGUUUUCCUUCCAGGAGGACGCCGCCGUCGCUGAGGCCAUGUCUCCGCCGUCCGCGCUCAGAUUUUCACACAACAGUAAAAAUGGAACCCAACUUGUAGAAAACCUUCCUCCUCCUCUUCCUCCACCUCCUCCACCCGCUCCUCUUCCUCCUCCGCCGCCGCCGCCUCCUCUGCUACCUGCAGGUAAUCCAGGUGGGCUGAAGAAGAAGAAGAGGGUGAGGAGUUUCUUCUGGAAAACGAUUCCAGCGGAGCAGGUCAAAGGUCACGCCAACCUCUGGACUCAGGGUCCAGUCCAGCAGGAUUUCCAGAUUGACGUCCAGAAAAUCGAGGAGCUUUUCACGCAGAGCGACGGCCCGCCGGUUUCCACGCCGACCAGGGGAGGAAAGACCCGGGUGUCGUUCAGGGAGGCCAAAGACGAGGUCUCCAUCCUCGACUCGAAGCGAGGGCUGAACAUCGCAAUCUUCCUCAAACAGUUCAAAAGGUCCAAUCAGACGCUGGUGGAUGAGAUUCGCCAUGGCAACAGCGAGUCAUUUGGGGCGGAGCCUCUGAGAGAGCUGCUGAAGCUGCUUCCAGACAAAGACGAGGUGAAGAAGCUGAAGGCGUACCGAGGCGACGUCUCCAAGCUCUCAUUGGCCGAUUCCUUCAUUUAUUUGCUGACUCACCUGCCCAGACACAUUUCUUCCCUCCUUUCGUUUUCCUCUCAUCCAGAGUUAAUGUGCUGUAAGGAGCUCCACGCUGUUCUGCACUUGGUGCUGCAGGCCGGAAACAUCCUCAAUGCUGGAGGUUCUGCAGGAAACGCCGUGGGCUUCAAGCUGUCCUCCCUCCUGUCGCUUGCAGACACCAAGUCCAACAAACCGGGGAUGAACCUGCUGCACUUCGUGGCUCUGGAAGCUCAGAAAAAAGACCAAAAGCUGCUGGAGUUUCCUCUGAAACUGAGCAACAUCCAGGCUGCAUCCAGGAUCUCCAUGGAAACGCUGGAUGCUGAACUGCAGCUGCUGACGUCUCGCACGCGCUCAGUAGAGGACAGCAUCCAGAAAGACACGGAGCUGCUGCAGCAGCUGGACAGUUUCCUCCAGAGCGCCACGUCGUCGUUGUGCUCGCUGCGCGGCGGCCAGCAGCAGCUGAAGAAGGAAGGCAGAGAGCUGAUCGACUUCUUCUGCGAGGACAGAGACUCGUUCAGGCUGGACGACUGCUUCAGCAUCUUCCAGACCUUCUGCACCAGGUUCACAAACGCUGCCAAGGAGAACAAGGAGAGAGAGGCGAAGGAAGCGACUCGCUGUCAGCGGAUGCAUGAGGAGGAGCUGAAGAGACACUCGUGGUCCGGAGGAGAGGAGGUGACCGGAGCCCUCGGGUGGCGCUGCAGGAGUGAGACCGACAUGUCAGCAGCAGCAGCAAAAGAUGAGGUUGGACUUUUACUGGACCUCCUGAACCCAAAGUCGCAGUCUCGCUCCUCUCUGAAUACCAAGCACGUCGCUCGAGGACGUUCUGGGAACUUCCAGCGAAGCCGUAACUCUCCAUUCAGCUCGCCAUCUCUCGUUGCAGAGCGGGAGCUUAGCGCUUUGUUGGAGAAAUCCAACGACCUCAGAGUUCCUCGGCAGAGAGGAAAGGAGGACACGAGGAAGCAUUCCCCACCAAACUCCUCAAAACUUGAGCCUGGAGGUUCAGGACUCUCUCCUACGAAGGUUUUAACCCACUUAGAAACCCCCACCAGAAGGAACCCUGGAAACAUUGAUGAAGCAGAUAAAGAUGAAGUUCCAGUCAAAUCUGCCUCUGAUUCAAAGCAACAAUCUGAGCUCAACAACAGUGGGAAUAACUCAUCUGCUCCCAGUUUCAGCAGUGACGAAAAACUCCCCAACAAUCCGUCUGAGUCUCGUUUGAGGAAUGAAACAGCUGAUCAGACUUCCAGUAGACAGAGUGCUGACUGUAGCACCACUGCUGCUAAAGGAAACAUGUCUGUGCUUCUAGAGAGAUGCACCCUGGUGCCUGAGCUAAAGGUGUUUGACAGUACCACCCAGACGGGCGGCGGCGACUCGGUGACCGCAGGUCCGGAAGAGCAGGGAGCGGACAAACCUCAGAAUAACUCCCAGGAGAUUGAGAAGAACAUUGAGGAACAAGAAGUCAAGGUGAUUGUCUGGUGUGUGACAGGUGUGUGUGAAGCAGCCGGUGAAAACACACCUCUACAAGCAGAGAAGGAUCAACAGGGAGGGAAGACUCAGAGAGAAAAGCAGCAAACUUCCUCUGCAGCAUCCACUAAUGAGAGUUCAGAAGCUCAGGCAGAUGGUCAAAGCACAGAGUCCGUCCCAAUCAGCAGCCAACCAGUGCCUGUCUCCCGCUCCAAUGACCCUGGAUUACAUCCAAUAAUCCCUGCAUCAGCCAAUCCAGAUCCCACUCUGACUGCAGAGGCACCUGAAAAAGCGAAAGUGAUGAACUCCACCAAUCAGAGGACAGAUGUGGCACCUGGCUCAAAGCAAACAUCUCAUAAUACAAACAUAAACAAGAAGACUUUGAGGCAAAGGACAGUAGAAGGUUCUUCAACGGGUGGGAAAACGAAACCUGAAACUUCAACCAAAAACUCCACCAAGAAGUCCCUGGACUCCAGAACUGGAAAUACUGGAGAGAAACCAUCAAACACAACCUCUACAGGCGGCAGAUCGAUCCGCACUCUCACCAGCUCAGAGAACCAGAACAUCAGGCGAGUUGUACCAAUCACAAGGAUCAACCCAGGUUCUUCGUCCAGAGAUAAAAAACCUGAAAAGCCUCCAGCGAACACCCGCAGCUCCUCCAGAACCACUAGUCUGAACAUCCCCUCCCCCCGUCAAGGAGAAAGGCCCAGAACUGCUCCGGCGUCCCAACGGUCAGGCUCCACUAAGACCCCAGAGUCCAGAGAGCAGAACCAGGACCUGGAGGGCAGGCCAUCCGUCCGGAAACCCCUAAAGAAACCCAAAGCCCAAGCAGAGGAGAAAAUGUGUCUCUCAAAGCUUCGAGCUCUCAAUCAGGUCGGAGGAGGCAGUGUCAGUGCUCCUGUCACGCCCUUACACAAAUCCAGAACCCCGUCAUCGUCACCGCUUCCGGGUUUCACCAGAAACACAGCAUCGUCUUCUUUCAGAAGAACCAAACCUCCUCUGACGGCGUCUCACCCCUCCAACUCCGCUUCCCCUAAAUCCUCCUCCCCCAAGACCUCCUCAUCCUCCUCCAGAGCCACAGAUCUCCUAAACGCCUCCUCCUCUUCCUCUCUGAAGAGGUCUCAGAGCGCCAGGUCCUCCGCUCCGUCACCUCUCCACAGCUCCCUGGCGCCCCCUAAAGGCCACAGACGAAACGACAGCGGCAGCGACAAAUCAACUCAUUCCAAAGACUGGAGCAAAACCAGCAGACCGAACUGGAGAUAACAGGAGAUGGGAACAAACUCUUGGUUUCUGUUGUUCCUCUGAUUCUGGAGGUCAAAGUGGACUGUAGAGUCCAGGUACAAACUGAGGAUUCUUCCUGAAACAAACAUUUACCAUGUUGGUCAGAAAUUGUUUCCUCUUCACUUUAACUCCAACAUGUUGGUGGUAAAAUGAUGGAAACACUAAAUAUGCGUUCUUUCUACAAUCAGUACUAAUAAAGUGCUUUAAAACCCCUCAGACGACACAUUCAGAGAUGAAGUGCAAGAUGUUUUCCAAGUGAGAUAUUUAUGUAAACAUGGCAUUCAAUGUUGAAGAUUUAUGAACUAAAACUAACUAUAGAAUUAGACUUUCUCGUCUUUUAAGGCUGAUGGGCACCAAACUGUGUAAAGGGGAAAAUAUCCUGUUGAUUAAAGUCAGUCCCAACAGUUGUCAGUGGGGGGGGCUGUUUGCCUUUUAAACAUGUUCAUAUGAUCCUACAUUUUAAUAUGUUUCAUUUUAUCUCAAUAAACAUGAAGCUUUCCGUCUUCA